UAGGGUUUCGUAUCUCUAAAUCUCUCUUAUUUCUCAUAAGCAAACAGCAACCAUGGCAGAAAGAGGCGGAGAACGUGGUGGAUUUGGAGGCGGAGAACGUGGAGGAUUUGGACGUGGUUUCGGUGGCCGCGGAGGCCGUGGUGGUGACCGUGGUAGAGGUCGUCGCCGUGGACCUCGCCGCGACACAGAAGAAGAGAAGUGGGUGCCAGUAACCAAGCUGGGGCGUCUUGUGAAGGAUGGUAAGAUCACCAAGCUUGAAGAAGUCUACCUUCAUUCCCUCCCCAUCAAGGAGCACCAGAUCAUUGAUCAAAUCCUGCCGUCACUUAAAGAUGAGGUGAUGAAGAUCAUGCCUGUCCAGAAACAGACCCGUGCUGGACAAAGAACCAGGUUUAAGGCUUUUGUUGUUGUUGGAGAUGGAAAUGGCCACGUAGGACUCGGAGUCAAGUGCUCAAAGGAAGUGGCUACUGCCAUUAGAGGUGCAAUCAUAUUGGCUAAGCUGUCUGUGAUUCCAGUGAGGAGGGGAUACUGGGGUAACAAGAUUGGAAAGCCCCAUACAGUGCCAUGUAAGGUUACUGGAAAGUGUGGUUCAGUUACUGUUAGGUUGGUUCCUGCUCCUCGUGGUGCUGGUAUUGUGGCUGCCAGAGUUCCAAAGAAGGUUCUUCAGAUGGCUGGGAUCGAUGACGUGUUUACGAUGUCUCGUGGAUCCACAAAAACCCUUGGAAACUUUGUUAAGGCUACUUUUGACUGUUUGCUGAAAACUUAUGGGUUUUUGACUCCUGAUUUCUGGAGGGAGACAAGGUUUUCAAGAUCACCAUUCCAAGAGUACACAGAUCUUCUUGCAAAGCCAACCACAAAGGCAAUAACUUAUGUUGAAGAUGUUGCUGAAAUUCCUGCUUGACAAUCUUUGAGAAUUUUGGAGAGUAUGUUAUGUUUUUAUCUAGGAUGUUUUGUCACAGAUUACCGGUUGAAUUUUAUGUUAUUUCUUUUUGAUUUUUGAUAAUUACUCUGUUCUGUUUUUGGAAUACAAGUACAAUCUUUGAUAAUGCCGUAUGGAUGUUUUCUCA